UUCCUGGUCGGUACCUGUGUGGAAGAGGCGUGUCUUUACUGCAGCAGAGUGGAGAAGUUUCAUUCCUGAUCAUUUCACUCCUGCACAUUAUCUGGGAAAAGCCAUCAAGCAGAAAACUUCUAAACAAAGACCAUGGCCAUGAUAACAGCUGCAGAGUAUGGAGAAACAUCGUGGGAGCUGACUGUGCAAGUGGAUCAGAAAGAUGGCGACGAAUCCAUGAAGUUCAAGCUGAGGGUGAAGGGAGACCUACACAUUGGAGGCCUGAUGCUUAAACUAGUGGAGAAAAUCAAGGCUCCUCAGGAUUGGUCAGACCAUGCUCUGUGGUGGGAACAGAGGAAGUUCUGGCUGCUGAAGACACACUGGACCUUAGACAAGUAUGGAAUUCAGGCUGACGCUUUUCUGCGCUACACACCGCAACACAAACCUCUGCUGCUGCAGCUUCCCAAUAUGAAAACCGUCAAAAUAACUGUCAGCUUCUCCAAUGUGGUCUUCAAGGCAGUGGCCGAGAUCUGCAGAAUGCUGAACAUCAGGAGGUCAGAGGAACUGUCUCUGCUGAAGCCUCCGGAUCAUUCAUCCAAAAAGAAAAAAAAGAAAGACAAGAACCAACCAGCGGAGGACAUCUGGGACAUUGACAUUCUUGGUGGGGGCGCCGGAAAUGCAGGUCUCAUGUACAAUAGUAAGACAAUGACAGCAACCUAUGACCCAGAAAACGGGAUGCCAAUGUCAGCCACCAGUGUGUGGUUUGGAGAAAACCCUCUCGCUGACUCUCAGCCAAACCUGCCGCCUGCUGAGUUGGCCAAGCUGUACCAACCGCUCUCACUGGUGGACAAGUCCAUCAACAACGCAGGGUGGUUGGACUCGUCCAGAUCCCUCAUGGAGCAGGACAUUCAAGAUGAUGACAAGCUUUUGCUUCGGUUCAAGUACAAUGUCUUUUUUGACCUCAAUCCCAAAUAUGACGCCAUAAGGAUAACACAGCUGUACGAACAGGCACGCUGGUCUAUCCUGCUGGAGGAGAUUGACUGCACCGAUGAGGAGAUGCUAAUGUUCGCUUCACUACAGUAUCACAUUUGUAAACUGACUGUUUCCAACGAACCUCUGGACCACUCCAAAGAACCAGAAAUAGAUGAAGUGGAGGCCGCCCUGUCCAACCUGGAGGUGACGCUCGAGUGCGGACAUACAGACAGAAUUCUGGAAGACAUUACAGACAUUCCAGAGCUGUCAGAUUCCCUGCGGCUAUUCAGGCCCAGAAGACUGACAUUACGGCCUUACAAGGAGUACUGGUUUGUAUUUAAAGACACUACGAUUUCUUACUACAAGAACAAAGAGGCCGCCAGUGGAGAACCUAUAGAGCAGUUCCACCUAAGAGGUUGUGAGGUUGUUCCCGACGUCAACGUCACAGACAAGAGGUUUGGCAUCAAGCUCCUGCUCCCAGUUGCUGAUGGGAUGAACGAAGUGAACAUCCGAUGUGACAAUGAAACACAGUAUGCCAAGUGGAAAGCGGCCUGCAUCCUUGCCUCUAAGGGCAAGACGAUGGCCUACAGCUCCUACAAGUCAGAAGUGAAGAAUAUUCAAUCGUUUUUGCAAAUGAAGAGCUUGGCACCCCCUCCUGGACAAAGUGCUCCCGACGUUGACUCAAUGGAGAUGAACGCUGAGUGUUUUGUCUCACCACGCUACGCCAAAAAGCAGAAGACCAAACAGUUGGCAACUCGUAUCCUGGAGGCACAUCAGAACAUUGCAAAUCUGUCUCUUAUGGAUGCAAAAAUGCGCUUUAUUCAAGCCUGGCAGUCACUUCCAGAGUUUGGUAUCAACUAUUACAUAGUGAGAUUCAAGGGCGGUAAAAAAGAUGAGAUUCUGGGAAUCUCAUACAACCGCCUGAUUCGAAUUGACAUGUCCACUGGCCUCCCUGUCACCACGUGGAGGUUCGCCAACAUGAAGCAGUGGAAUGUCAACUGGGAGAUAAGACAGGUAACCAUAGAGUUUGACCAGAAUGUGACCAUAGCUUUCUGCUGCUUGAGCUGUGACUGCAAAGUGGUUCAUGAGUUUAUUGGUGGUUACAUUUUCCUGUCCACACGAGCCAAAGACCAGAAUGAAACACUGGACGAAGAGCUGUUCCAUAAACUCACAGGAGGCCAGGAAUAAGAUACAGUAUAAGGCUGUUCUACUUCAAGUGCAUCUGUUGUUUACACGCAUACAAUGCAAAUGUUUCACACACAACGGUUAAAAAAAAAUGUCAAAAGCUUUCCUUGUCAAAGAAAAGAAACAUAACCAUUGACAGAACAACAGAAAUGAACAUUAACGGCACUAGAAGAAAAUGGUAUUAAUGUAAAUAUAUAGUCAAGACGUGUCUUUGCCUUCAAACUGACACUGUAACAAUUAAGGUUUUUUUAAGAUCAUGUAAGAUUUUUCACAAGGUUUGUAUAAAAACAUUAAAAGGUGAUUUUGAA